AUGGAAAGAAAAGACUAUUAUAAAAUAUUAGGAGUAAACAACAACGCUACUCAGAAAGAAAUUAAAAAAGCAUAUCAUGAAUUAGCAUUAAAAUACCAUCCGGACAAAGGAGGGGAUGCUGAAAAAUUUAAAGAAAUCGCUGAAGCCUAUGAAGUUUUGUCUGACUCUAAUAGGAGAAAAGAUUAUGAUAGAGGUGGAGAUG